CAUGUUUCGUUUCGAAGCUGCUCGAAGAGUAUUCGCCCUCUUGAGCGGCUCCACUUGCUCGGGCUACAUAGACUCAGUCCCACCCCGAGUUAAUGCCCGGUCCAGCCCAACCUACCUGAUGCUGUCCAGUUGCGCUACUCAGAGUAAUAAUGCCUUGUCGGGAACGCCUGUGAAGAAAUCUUUAAAAGCUCAGACCGACAGCCGGUUAAUGUACUUGCGUGGAAAAACCUUGUCACCCGCGACUCGGCGAGGGAAUAGAAAUGUGCCGUAGCACGUGCAAGG